GCUGGAUAAGGCCUAUCCGCUGCGCUAUCCGGAUCUGCUCUUCUUCUGUCAGCUGUGUGGCCAGCCGGGUCUGGCUUGGAGUUGGGUGAUACACAGGAACAGGGACCUGCUCCUGAUAUGGCGGCGGCGGCUCCUGAUCCGGCUCAGCCCCGUCCCCGUAGCUGGCUCGGUCCGACUGGGACUCGUGGAGCAGCGAGAUGUCAUCCGAGGUGGGGGACUUGAGGCAGUUCCCCAUCUUCCCCCGGGGAGCGCGGCCCCCCCUCCGCCUCCCCCCGCGCCGGCGGCGGCGGAUCCGCGCCCUCAGCCUCCCCGCCGCAGCGCACAGCCCGCAGCCGCCCCGCCGGGGAGGCUCAUGCCAGCCCCGGCCCUAAGCGGCUUAGCAGCACCGCUCGGCCGCCUCCCGCUCCGCUCCGCAGCCGCCCCGACCCCCGAGCCGGGGGGGCGGCAGGACGGGCCUCCCACCCCCCGUGGGGCAGCGGGCUCCAGAGGGUCCGCCCGCCCCGCGACAGCUCGGCGCGGUUCUGCUUCCCGGUCACCAGCUCCCUGCGCACUGGGCUUUGUCGCACGGGCCGCCCUGGCUCCUCCUCUCACCCCUCCCCGCCGGGCCCCGGGAGCAGCCGCGGGGCCCCCGCUCCGCUCCGCGCCCCCCGCCCGGCCCCCGGCGGGGACAGCCCUGCCCGCCCCCGGCGGGACGAGGCGGGAGGGAAGUGAGGGAACCCGGCCGCCCGCUGGGCUCCCCCGGCCCCAAAAUGGUGGGAGCCGCUUCGCCCCGCCCCCGAGCGCGGUGUUUGUUUGUGUUCCGGCCAUGGCGGAGUCAGCGGCCGCUCGGGCCCGGCGGGACGGGACAGGACGGGAAAACACAGGACAAGGCGGAGCGGGGCGGCUCCUCCGUGGCGGCUCCUCCGUGGCGGCUCCUCCGUGGCGGCCGCGGGGACCCCCCGCACCACCCGGCCCGUCCCGGCUGGGGGUGGGCUGUGCGAGGCCGAGGGACCUUCCCAAGGGUUUCCCCGCGAGUGGGUUCCCGGGCAGGGAAUCCCUGUGCUGA